GAAAAAUUACAUCGAAAAGUGGCAUAUCUUUAAAGGGUGGAAGCGCGGGUGUAAGGUUUGUGACGAAUGCAAUCAUCAUUCACACCUAUAUUGCAAAACAUGCAAAAAGGUGGCGGAUGGAAUAUAUAAGCGAUGUGAAUGUGAUAACGAUACUCCGUCAUAUACGCCAUCAAAGAUCCCACCGACUUGCGCAAGAACGUGAAGAGGAUUUUAGAGGUUAUAGUGGGUUUGUUAAAAGAUAG